GUUCACUGUCGAGCUGGAAAAGUCAUUUGGACGUUAUCAGGACCAGCUGAAUUAUCAGUCGCAUUCGUUGUCAGCCGGAUACAUCCUGCUCUGCUCUGUUUACCCCAACAGGUUGUCUCUUGGCCGUCAUCGCAAGAUUUUUAAACAGUUUGGAAGCUCUAGCGGUUCACCACAGCGUCUUGACCUCCAUAUAAGAGUGAAUCAGGCAACCUCACAGUAUUUCAUUCAUUCUCAUGUGAACAAGAUUGCUAAAUCCAUUGGAAUAUUCCGGAAUAUUAUUAUUAUAGUUAUUUAAAUGGGUGAUGAAGAUCUAAUAACAAGGUCAACUGAGAGAAACACCGCUCACUUACUUUUACGAAUCAUUUUCAUUAUCAGCAUUUUCAAUUUUCUAUCCAAGAUGAAUUUGAAACCGUUUCAAAGUUUAUAGAAACAACAAAGACGCAAUCCUAUACUUACUUAGUCCAGAAUCUGAGACUUUUUGUGUGACUAGAUUUCAGUACUAAAUAGAGAAUUUAAUAGGUUAGUGAAACAGUUUUAUUGUACUAAGUUUGAAUACAAAAUCAACAAGAAAAAUCAAGUAUUCAAUGAUAAUCAGAAAAACUUUGCUUUCUAGAUAAUUUGUGAUGCAGUUAUGAAACUUUCUCAACUUUGCAAACUAGGUUGCCUGGAUAUAAUGAACUAGUUAGUUACGUGAUUUCGAAAAGAAAAAUGGGAGGAAGUGUUAAUCAUUGAUACCUUAGACUAUCCAAGAUAAUUAAUAAAAUAACACAGGACUAAGUGAAAAUUAUCUUUGAACUUCAGUUUAAAUUGCUAACAACAAUACAAUACAAUUCAAUUCCCGUUUAUUGAGAGAGUGAGGGUGUAAAGUAAGGACAUUGAGUAAGGGAAACACUAUGAGGAUAGAAAUUGAUGGAGAAGUGGUUAUUGAGUGAAAUUGUAAGUGGAGAGUGGUGGAGAAGUGGCCGGCCGUGAGUGAAGGACAGAGAUGGCUGUGGGAAGAGGUCGUUAGGCGGCGGUCGGCGGCGUUGAUGGAGCAGCUGACGCGGUUCGUGUCCAAGUCGUUCGAGGAAGGCGUGAGCGUGAGUGCGGGUGCAGCAGCGGGGGCGGGAGCGGGGGUGGUAGAGGCUGGAGGCGGCUCGUGGAGUGGGCCUUCGUCGCGGGCCUCCGUCUCACCGCUCGUCGACCCGGAGUCGCCGCCCCCCAGUCCACCCGGGCCGCCGCCUUCCACACCCCCGACACCAUCGCAUCAUUCCGGAUCAGGAGCAGAGCGAGACAGUGAUGGUCGGGACCGGGACCGUGAGCGGGAGUUGACUGGGGGUGGCGGUCGCCUAACCGCCUCCCCCCCGCCCCCGGGCAGCAAGGGGGGCAGCAGUGCCGCCUCCAGCAACAAGCAGCGUCGCUCGCGCACCAACUUCACCCUCGAACAGCUCAACGAGCUCGAACGGCUCUUCGACGAGACUCACUAUCCGGACGCGUUUAUGCGAGAAGAGCUCAGCCAGCGGCUCGGACUUAGCGAGGCACGAGUUCAGGUUUGGUUUCAAAACCGAAGAGCGAAGUGUCGUAAGCACGAGAGUCAAAUGCACAAAGCAGCAGGACUGAUGCUCACGAGUCAGGUGCACUUGGGGAGUGUUGGGGUUGGCGGGGGUGCAGGGGGCGCAGGGGGGACCCCCCUGGAGCCAUGUCGAGUGGCGCCCUAUGUGACCCUGCCAAGGCUGCCCUUCCCCCCCGGCACGCCGCACGCACCCGCCGCACACACUCACGCACCCCCGCCACCCCCCUUCUCAGCAUUUGACCCCGCAUUCAUAUCAGCUGCACAUCAGUACGCAGCCGCAGCAGCUGCCGCCCUGGUCCCCCCCGGCACCUCGCCCCUGCUGCUGUGUCACCCACAGUACAGCCUGGCGCUGGCCGCCCUGCACCACUCCAAGAACAGCAGCAUCGCUGACCUCAGGCUCAAAGCCAAGAAGCACGCCGAAGCCUUGCAGCUCGACAGGGAGAAGGAAGCCGCGUGAAAACUACCAGUCUCUACUGUCUACGAUAUCCUAUUUUCCUCGUGAAUGGACUUCUGUUACUUGGUGUCGUUGUGAAAGCGAACUGGUCGAAAAAGUUGAUAGAACGUGAUUUUAAUGUUAUCAACAAACUGUGCGAUAAUUUACCUGUGAUCAACUGACAACAUCAUAAUCUGACAACAGCAUGUCCUGUGACAACAAUGAAUUAGCCUAUGUUGUUAAAUUAAUGAAAAAUUUGGAGUAGACUCAUCUGACGAUGACAGAUCACAGAGCGUCUUCUUCCCACUAACUUGGAAAUUGAUAGAAUAAAGAUUUCGAAUUUUCAACAGAAACCCCCUUCGAAGAUCGCUAGUGUUCAUGUUUACAACUGAACAUACGGUAAUUAUUUUUAUUUGAACCCCGAGGCUGUGAAUAAACUAUUUUAGUAUGCCUAGUACCUGUUUCAAAAACAUUGCGGAAAGUGUUUUCAUUGUUUUGAAAGAGUGAAAAUGGUAAGUCUUGUCUCUUGAAUAUAUAUAUCAUAUGGAACGAUGAUUUUUUCUAGAGGACAUUUAGCUCGUAAUGCUGACUUUAAUACAACAAGCUUCAACUACUUCAAUUCAGUUGACAUCAUGCUGAUAUGAAACCUGUGAAUGAAUCUAAUAAUUAUGAAUCAUGAUCGAUCUACUUGAAUACUCUUUUUUUAUACUCUAACGUUGUUUCAUUUUUCAUAAUGAAUAAAAUUGAAAUGUGAAUCACUCGACAUUAGUAAUGGCAAUUAUUAACGUACUGAAAGAUGAUGGAACAUGAUCAAACCAUCCAAAGAAGAUUUGGUUACUGGUAAUCAUUUAAUGGUUUUUCGGUAAAUAGGGUUUAAUAGAGGAUUUAUCUUCAAGCAUUAUGUCAAAAAUAAUAGAUUUAUCCACUGUCAGUAUGAUAACGUUAUCAAAAAAGUUAUUAUUGUAUAUCUAAAUUAUUUGCAUAAUUCCAAUAAAAUUGGAUGUUACAUUCAUAUUUUAGUUUCCUAUUUUAUCAAGUGAUCGAUCAUUUUUACAAGUUUUCUUAACUUGAAAUAUUACCGUACUAGAUAAAAUGGAAAAUUAUGUGCAAUAAGUGUUGUAAAUAUCCUAGAUAAGUGUGAAAAUUUGAAAUAAUGCAUUAUUACUUUGUAAGAUUAGAUUACAUUUGAAUCUUUUGUAAAUAGUCAUAAUAUCAAGGCCAAACGAAUAAAUUAUAAGCAUAUUGUGGUAGUACCAGAAAAACGUUAUUUACCUUUAAUUUGACAAUAAAUAUUGGAA